AUGACAUUGACGAAAGUCCGCAAGGGCGGGAAAGUCACGAAAAAGGUUGCAGCGAAGGAAUCGGCGAAUAGAGAGGUGGAUUCGGCGAAGGGGGAGCGAUCCAAGGGGGACAUGGCCAAGUCUGUGAUGAAGAAGGACAGGAAAGUGAGGGCGGUGAGAAGCAAAUCUAGGACCACCGCGGGCAAGUUUCUUAUCACAGAAGAGAGAGGAGAGGAGAGCCACGAGAUGGAGGAGGGUGGCAAAGUGGUGUGUGGGACGGCUGUUAAGACGGGUGACAAGACGAGUGUUAAGACGAGUGUUAAGACGAGUGUUAAGACGGGUGACAAGACGAGUGUUAAGACGAGUGUUAAUACGAGUGUUAAGACGAGUGUUAAGACGAGUGUUAAAUACAACCCGCAUGAGGACGGUAAGGGUCCUUCGUUGUCAGGUUGUUGGAUGAAGCAGAUUCGAGAGGAUGAGACGCGGCCGGAGGGGCACGUGCUCAUAAGUUCUUGGAAUGUCAACGGAUUACGUGCUGUGUGCCGGAGUGGCAAGUUGGAGUUUGACCGAGAGAACUACAGCCAGAGUGGGUUGAGUCGGUUGGGCGACCUGGGUGCGUAUCUAUUGGUGGAGGCUCCGGAGAUUGUGUGUCUGAAUGAGACCAAGUUGAGUGAGUCGAGUGUUACAGAUUUCGAUAAGGGGGCAUUUCACGGAUACGAGAGUUACCAUGUGCUGAGUGACACUCGCGGGUAUGCCGGUGUUGCAGUGUUGGUAAAGGAAGAGCUUGCGUGUGCGGUCGAAGAAGUUAUUCGGGGAUGUGAUAAUAGCAAAUUCGAUCAUGAAGGGCGUACCCUCUGCAUCGUAUUCAAGGGACUUGUACUUGUGGCAACUUAUGUAAUGAACGCCGGUCAAGACCUGAGACGACUGGAUGAACGUGUUGAUCUGUACGAUAAACAUAUGCACCAGUGGCUGUCUUCUCUGCACACAAAAUAUCAACGACCUGUCAUCUGGUGCGGAGACCUCAACUGCGCCCGUGAAGAAAUAGAUAUAUGGAACUCCAAAUCCAACCAGAAAAGCAGCGGACAUACCAUCCAAGAACGAAACAGCCUUACAGAAUUCUACAACAAACAGGAAUUUGAAGAUAUCUGGAGAAUUAGACACCCGCUACAACGCAGAUACACCUUCUGGUCCGCAAGAGCACCCCAACAACGUGCAGCGAACCUCGGCUGGCGAAUUGAUGCCUUCGUAACCUCCAAAGAUAUCAGCCACGCCGCCGGCCUAGUUACCAUCAGGGACAAAGUCUGGGGAUCAGACCACUGCCCUAUUGCCCUUUCAUUGCCACGGAAUUGCAUAUAUGGAGCCUAA